GCGUGGAUUACAAGAGCGUUCACAUAGACCUCUCCAACAAGCCUUCAUGGUACUUUUCGGUGAAUCCGCGUGGUCUGGUGCCAGCUGUGAAUGUGAGCGGCCAAGUGGUCACAGAGAGCAUUGACAUCUGCAGGUUUCUGGACGAGCGCUAUCCCAAAGUGCCUCUGGUGCCAUCAGAGGCAGAGAGCAGCAGAGCCAUGAACCGCCUUGUCAGCAAGGCCGACUCUAUCAUUCAUGCUGGCCUAGCAAUGGUUGCUGGGUCUGAGCGGUUGUGGGCCAUUGACACCAAGAGGGGCAGCAGAGGAGGGGGGAAUGCGCGGGUGCAAGGCGAGUGGAGGAAAGCUCUAGACUCACUGGAAGAGGCUGUGCGCCAAUCACAGGGGCCAUUCUUGACGGGUGCAGACCUCUCUCUGGCUGACGUGGUGCUCUUCCCCUUCCUCGCUCGCUUCCAGCUAGUGGCAGAGGGAAUACGAGGCGAACCCUUCUCUCCUGACCACCCACUCGUCACCCAAUGGAUGGCCGCCAUGUGGCAGCAGCCAUCUGCCAGGCGCACGUUUCCUGACAGGGACCGGUUCCUGCUGGCGCUGAAGCAGUAUGCCAGCCUUGAUUACUUUGAUUUCCACUCCGCUUCACUGGAAUUCCCAGUUCCCAAGUACUGGGUGUAG